GAAUUCCCUUCCCGUUUCGUGUCGUGGUUCUUCCGACGAGCAAGCCGACAGCAAAUAAAGAAGACAACCUCGAAAGCUCGAGUUCGACAUCGUACCUGGUAGCCUGAAAGGAGGAAAUCGAAAUACAGAGACAGAGGGCAAAAGAAGCUUCCGUCUUUCCAGUUUCAAAUCUAUAGUCUACAAGAAUGAGGAUGAGCAGCCUCCGCACCAGCUCGGUUCCCCAUCUCAGCUCGCCCCGUCUCGGCUUCUGCUCCUCGAUCGGCUCGCGCGACGGCUGCCGUUGUACCCCGACGAUGCCCAUUUCGAGAUCCUCCGCGCGGAUGUCCGUACGGUGCGCCGUUCGAUUCCGUCCUUGCAUCGAUAUACACAAGGGUAAAGUGAAACAAAUUGUAGGGUCGACCCUUUGUGAUUUGAAGGGCAAUGAAUCUGCUCCUGUGACCAAUUUUGAAUCAGACGUAUCUUCAGCAGAGUACGCAAAAUUAUACCAAGAAGAUGGGCUAGCAGGUGGUCAUGUCAUCAUGCUUGGAGCAGAUCCUCUAAGCAAUGCUGCAGCAAUUGAAGCAUUGCAUGCAUAUCCUGGCGGUCUGCAAGUAGGAGGUGGAAUCAAUUCAGAAAAUUGUCUGAAUUACAUAGAAGAAGGGGCAAGCCAUGUCAUUGUAACAUCGUAUGUGUUCAAUAAUGGACGAAUGGACCUUGAAAGGCUUAAGGAUCUUGUGCAUGUGGUGGGAAAAGACCGUCUGGUGUUGGAUCUUAGCUGCAGGAAGAAGGAGGGUAAAUAUGCAAUUGUCACUGACAGAUGGCAGAAAUUUAGUGAUGUGUAUCUGGAUGAGAAGAUAUUAGAGUUUCUUGCGAGCUAUGCUGAUGAGUUCUUGGUCCAUGGUGUUGACGUGGAAGGAAAAAAAUUAGGAAUUGAUGAAGAGCUUGUGGCUUUGCUUGGCAAGUACUCUCAGAUUCCGGUGACCUACGCAGGUGGUGUUACGGUAAUGGAAGAUCUGGAGAGGAUAAAAGUGGCCGGCAUGGGACGUGUGGAUGUGACGGUAGGAAGCGCUUUGGAUAUUUGGGGCAACUUGGCAUACAAAGACGUUGUGGCGUGGCAUGCUCAGCAGCAGGCUUUGCCUGUUUAAUCAUCUCUUGACAUUAUCUUGUGAUUCUCUGUAUCAAUUCAGCCAUUGGACAUGAUCGCGUGCAACUACCAAUAUUGGGUUCUUGCUCGCCUAUUCAGAAGAGGCUGUUUAUUACACUAAAGACCAUGUAGACAGUCGAGCUAUGAACCAGAUUGAGAGAGGCCUUAGUUUGGAUUGAGUUUGAUUUCUUAUU